GCAAUGAACGACUGUCACUGAAGUGUCACGCUGCCCUUUCCUUUCCUUCGCCUGUGUGUGAGUGUGUAUAUGUGUGUGUUGACGCGUGUGUGCUCGAGAAAGAGAGUUCUCGGAGCAUCUAGUCCCCGGACGGAGAGGCUGGGCGGCUGAGCACUCUCUCGGAGAGCGGUGGAGGGGACGCAGCAGCAGCGGCAGCAGCAGCAGCAACAGCAGCAGCCACUGGCCCUCGGCUCCCACCACCUGUGAGCCAGGAAGACCCCACGAGUGGGGACUGGAGGGCGCGCACAGCCCCUCCCCCCUCCAGCAGCCUCCUGUAAGCCCCCCGGCGUCCCAGGGAGCCCCGUAGUAGCCAUGGAGCAUCCCCACAAAGACGGGGAGACGACGGCGGCGGCCGCCGCGGCGGCCGCAACGGUUGCAGCCGCGGACCCCCGGGGAGCAUCGUCGUCCAGUGGGGUAGUGGUGCAGGUGCGGGAGAAGAAGGGCCCCCUGCGUGCAGCGAUCCCCUACAUGCCGUUCCCCGUGGCAGUCAUCUGCUUGUUCCUCAACACUUUCGUGCCGGGACUGGGUACCUUUGUCUCUGCCUUCACCGUGCUAUGUGGAGCCCGGACUGACCUCCCCGACAGGCACAUGUGCUGUGUGUUCUGGUUGAAUAUUGCCGCAGCACUCAUUCAGAUCCUGACGGCCAUUGUGAUGGUGGGCUGGAUCAUGAGUAUAUUCUGGGGAAUGGAUAUGGUCAUUCUUGCCAUUUCCCAAGGCUACAAGGAACAGGGCAUCCCACAGCAGCUGUGAGCCUCCGAGCCACCAGCAGGGAGUCCAGAAGAGACUGUGUUAAGCAUCUUUGGGCCAAAGACCUUGGUGUUUUCUCUUCUGGCUUUUCAUGGGUUUGGUGUGGGUUUUUGUUUUUGUUUUUUUUCUUUUUGGCAAGGGUUUGGGGAGGGAUUUUUUUUUUUAAACUUAAUUUAUUUUGAAAAACACAUCUGUUUUUCUCAGCAGGCACUGGGGACUGCUUCUCUCUUUCUUGCUGAAUUUUGAGAGAGCUGAAGACAAACGACUUUGUGGGAAUGGGUGAGGGACUCUGAGAGGUAUAAAAGGGGGCUCUGACAGAAUGUUCCGGAAGGACCCUGAGCUUCAGUAAAAGACCUAGUCUCUCUGGAGUUUUUAAGCUAGUAGUAUUACAGGGGGAAAAAAGACUUCCCUGUUGAAUGGCAAGGGGACAACCUAGCUACAGGGACAGGUCAACAUACAGACACAUACAACGUAAGCCUGAGUUAAGUGGACCAGAGAGUCUUUAUCUUGGCUAAGUUGGCAAUGCCCCCUGACCUCCUAAAGAACCCCAAUGUGUACAUAGAGUCAAAGUCCUUGAUGAUGGGCCUAGGGCUUUUUUUUUGCUGGGAGCACCAGAGCUGGGGAAGGUCUGUGACUUACAUCUCGCUAGUAGGGCGGCCCUCACCUUUAUUAACAGCCAGGCACAGGGUGACCCUCAGAACACAGUCUGAUGCUGAACAAUGAAUAGCCCAGAUUGGGAUUGAUUUGGGAGUUUUGACUCCUCCUCUCAUAGUCAUGAAGAGGGCGACUGAAAAAUGACUGAGAAGUUCACAGCCCAGCUCCCCCCCCCCACUUCAUCAUGUCCAGCUGCACUGCAUAAGUGAUGUAAGAAGUGUCCAGUAUUGUGAUUUUAGCUUUCCCAGGAAGAUGAAUAGAGUACUUACCUUUCCUUUCCAUGGCAGUGAGUGCUAGGCUCCCUCUAGUGUUCCCACCGGCACAAUCCUAAUCUAAUUGGGGCAGGAGCGGAUGACCUGCUCCCCAGUGACCCUCUCCACACUGGUACUUCACACAGGGGCUUGUUCGACUUGUAGCGGAGGAUACUUGGAGAACCAAGAGUCCCUUCCUCGGUACUUUAGGCUUAAAAAGCUCUACAUCGGCAGCCUUAAUGGCAGCAAAUGAGGAAUUAAGGAUACAGGUGUUGGGUAUCAUUCUACUUGGCCUUUAACCAAGACCCAGACCUUGGGGCAGUGUGAAGGGAGAAGGGCACACUGAAGUGAGGGCAUUCUAGUCAAUCUACCCUGUCCGCUGGGCCAAUUCCAUUCUUACUGUGCAAGGGAGAACGAGGGCUUCUCCAGGCCAGGUGUUUUCUUGGCACCUUUAGGUAGAACAAUUUAGGACAGUCAUCACCACUGCUUGGGCCUUCAUGCCUUGACUUAUCACUGCAUUUUCACUUUUUUUUUUCUUUUUCAUUUCCAAAGACAGGACCUGGGAUCUCUUCUCUUUUUGUCUACUGGUCCAUUCUCUCUCAUUUUAGUAAGGAGUUGGCCUGGACUUAGGUUGGGCUGAGUUGAAGUGUGGCUUUUGGUAAUCCCUAAUGAUUUCCUUCUCACCAAAUCAAUCUCUCUCACCUCCUGACUCCAAUCUUCAGUCUUGUUUGGAUUGAACCACCUCCCUGAAUUUCUUUGUGCCAAACAAAUUCUGCUUCAUCCAAGAGGUCUACAGCCAUUAGUUUUUGUGAAGAGGAUUCUCCAAGCUGAUACUUAGAGUGGGCUGGCUGCUCUCUAGGAAGCUGAGUCAAGGAGAGAGGCCUCCCCCGUAAUAAGAUAAAACAGCUUCAGCUGAGGAAAAUAAUGGGUUGGUACCACCCACUCCCACCCUCCAGCCCACUCCCCUUCCACCUCAGAGUGCACUCCAGGAGGCUGACUGACAGUCCCGGUGGGAAGAGAGACCCCAGAUGGGGGCUGGCUGCCCCCACAAGCAAGAGAGGAAGCUGGGAAAACUCUACUUUCUUGGUCUUGGGCUGGGGGUAAGGGCUGAGGGGGUGGAAAGGAGAUAGCAAAUCUUGUAGUCUAUUUAGGAAAACUAAGAGCCUAAGCAAUCCAGCAAACAAGUAGGGUUUCCUUGAGUGACAGGUAUCAUCAGGAGCCUGAGUGGGAUGGAUGGCUUAGCACAGGCACUCAGUGAGCCUUAGUGCAGCCCCGGAAGACAGGAAGGUCUCCUUUCCCCAGGGGGGCUGUGUAUUGAGCCUGAGGUGUGAACCCUGCAACAGAAAAAUUUCCAUGUCAUUGAUGACAAGCUAGUCCAGCACUGACAAAGAAACUAAGAAUGUAGCUGCUGCUUGGAUCUACCAGUGUAGCAUCAUUAGGGGUAUGUACCAAGAGUAACUGUGGUCAGACCCAUCAUCCCAAGUCAUGAUCUCCACUAGACAAAUGAUUAUUGAUAUUUAUGUCAAAUCGAUUCUGAGCCAGCCAGGCAGUCUGCCGAUGGACCGGCCCAUCAUCACCAGGUAUGUUAGUCGAUUCAAAAAUCAGGCUACUUCCAGGACAAUGUACAGCUGGUGAGUAACUGUAACCCAGCCAGGUUCUGAUCGGUGGCUUCGGCAAAGAAUAUUCAGUUAUCUAGGAAUCUGAUCAGACAUUUUAGAUUGGUCCUGUCAUCAAAUCAGAUUCCAAUAGAACACGAAACAUGUCUGAUGGGACAUCUCCAAAGCUUGGUGUACUUUGCGUAUAAGAUACCAGAGAAGUAAAUCUCAAGCUCAGUAAAGUAGGUAUUGAGACCAAGGUACAAUAAUUUUUUCAGGUCUCAAGGGUGACCCACUGAACACUGGGAAAAGGAUGUAUUCGGGAAUAGGGUGGUAGCCUGCACAAUUCCCUAUGUUCCCUUUGGUGUUGAAUCUUUAUCUCAUGUUACUAUGCAGCAUGAGGCUGGUAUUAUCUCCAUUUUAUGGAUGGGGAAUUAGCUCAUCUAGGGUCACACAUGAAACCCGAAGAAGAAUGGAGGACACCCUGACUUUCUUCUGUGUCAUCAUGACUGUCUUUGGAACGUCUUUAUGAAAGACCCACAUGCGAGGGAUACAAUGCUAAAUGCUGGAUAUGUGAGUUAUACAGGUCUGGUCCUGGACUUCAAAGAACUUACCAACGAAGAGCAAAUGGCUCCCUUUCCAGACUAUGCAACCUCAGGGUCAUUGGUAUUGCAAAUCUGGUUUUAUGACCCUAUAAGGAAGCUUCUCUCACUUCUCAAGGAAGGUGGUCCCACCACCUGGUGAUUCAUGAUUUCUCAGUCUAACUCAACAGUGAAUGAUAAUUAUGACUAUUUCUCUAUUUCCCUUAGAUAACGCUAGACAUUAUACUCCACAUCCAAGUCCCACUUAGGCUGCUAGAAGCAGCUCAUAUUUUGGGACCCCUAAAGGAGUCAAAGAAGCUGUAAUUAAUUUGGUUCCUUUCCUGUUGAUGCCCCUACCCAAAACACAGCACAGAAGUGCAGAGAGGAAAUGAUAGAAGAGGAGAAUAAUGAAAGCUUAGAUUUUUGUAGGACUUUAAAGAAGAGGAGUGGAAGAUGUUCUAAUGAUUCUUACCCAAUCAGAAAAAAAAGGAAUGAAAUGAAAUCUCUAUUUUGGUGGUGGUGGUGGGAACGAGGGUUAAGUGACUUGCCCAGGGUCACACAGCUAGUAAGUGUUAAGUGUCUGAGGCUGGAUUUGAACUCAGGUCCUCCUGAAUCCAGGGCUGGUGCUUUAUCCACUGAGCUACCUAGCUGCCCCCUGUGAAAUCUCUCCCAAUAAGAACCAGAAUGAGAUUCAACUCAUUUAUCUUCCACAUCAAGGACUAACUUCAUCUGGAACCAUUGCUCAGGAAUCUUGUGACAACACUCAGUUCUUCAGUACACAAGAUACCAAAUAUUUUUUUUCCAUUCUUCUAUUAAACAAGUCCUUUAAGAUGAAUGCUUGUCCUUUAUCUGAACAUGGAAAAUAUUGGUCUGAAAUUGGGGAUGGAUGGCAACCAUUCAUCUGCCUUCUUACCCUCUGCUUCCCAAAUUCAACAUGACAGAGUCACAGAGAGGAUGAGUCCAUUAAGAACUUUGAAUGUACUCUGUGCUUUAUCCACCAUGAAGUUUGAGAAUAACAAUUGGAAAGAAAAGGAACAGCAGGGAGAGUGUAUCCUGAAAGGAAACAGAAUUAUCCCCCCCCCCACCUCAAUUUCUACACAAUUAACAUUUCUACCAGGAGGGAACAGAGGCUGGAAGGCACAAAAGCUUCCAGUCCAGCUAGAGCCCCGAUAUUCCUGGAGACGAAAAUAUUUGUUACUGUGUUUGAUGACAGGGUGCAGAGCAAGGAUGAAAGGAGGCAUCAAGGAUCCAGUGAGAAGUUCUCCAAACUCCCCAGGUUUUCCUAGGAGGGAAAAGAUUGUUAGAAUGAAAUUGGCUUCUCUGGGAGAUGGCCCAACCUUCAAUGUCUAUCUGCAGAGAUAUAUAGAUAUCUCCAUGUGAAUACCUAUAUAUCUAUAUAUGUAGGUCUAUAUAGAGAUAACUAUAUGUUACAUAUUGAUAUAACUAGCUAUAUUGCUAACUAGAUACAGAUAUAUAGAAAACUAUCUAUAUAUCUAGACAUAGAUACAUCUCUCUCUCUUCAUUGGGUCCUUUUCCAUUGAUAAUAUCUCUUUGCCUCCGGGACUUCUUGUCUAGUCAGGGUAAAUUUUGGAGGUUUCACUCUGAUUCUCCACUCUCAAGACAUAAUGCUCUCCAUCUUUGCAGUCCCCUUCCCCUCUUCUAGGGGCAUUUGACAAGAUGGAAUUGUCCUGGUGGUGAGUGAGGGGCUCCUGUGCACACCACUGAGGCUGGUUUUUUUUUUUUUGGUGAGGCAAUUGGGGUUAAGUGACUUGUCCAGGGUCACACAGCUAGUUAAGUGCUAAGUGUCAGAGUCCGGAUUUGAACUCAGGUCCUCCUGAAUCCAGGGCCGUGCUCUAUCCACUGCGCCACCUAGCUGCCCCGGCUGUUUUUAAUUGUAUUAUUGCUGUUAGCAAAGAAAGCCUCUUGCAUUGUGUAAACUGCUACAGGAUAUAUAAUUUAAAUUCAAAUUCUGGAGUUGGUGUGGAGGCUUUGUUUACUGUUAUUAUUGUUAUUCCUCCUCUCAAUGUUUGUUUAAAUUGUUUCUGCCACAGUCAAGGCACCCAAUUAAACAGCCAGGCUUGAUACCCUGGGGGUGGUAGGAGUUUGUGGAAGACUCACAAAGCAGUCCCUUGCCUGCUAUCUAGGUAGACUCAGUUCUCAGUUACAGGUUGUUUGGGGUAACUGAUAGACUUGGAUUAGGAUCUGAAGAUAGAGGGGCCUACACCAAAUGGGAAGCUGGGCAUGUAUCUAUUCUCCUCCCUCCUCACCCCCUCCACCCCACUCCUGGCUAGGGAUUAAUCCAAUCUUGACAACCCUCCCUUAUUGAGUCUAGUAAGACAAAUCCAUUUGGCUUCAGCUUUGCACAAAUGAAAUAAAACAGGAUCACUUCUCUUUCAUCUCUCCAGUUGGUCUCUGGGAUUGGAGAGCAUCUGUCCUAAGAAAAAACCUGACUCAGUACUCAGGGACUCUCUCUCUAUGGAGGAACCAGACACAAGAUGGAGACUCUGUCUAGGACCCUGUGAAUAACUACUGCAUGCUCAGACUGAAAAGCAGCAAAGGGCUCUUGUUGAUACUCUCCACUGGACUGGGAAGCACUCAGCACGUGUUCUAGGAUAGACUGACUUGAUUAAGAAAUGAAGUCAGGGUUAUCACCAACCCAUAGAGACAUUCUGACCCAACUAGACAUUGCUUCUCCACUCUACCCUACCCACUUAGCUACAUCUUAUGUAUGGCAUGAGUAUUGCCGAGGCACCAUUAGGACCAAAUUCUGGCAAGUAGGCCUCGCUGCCCACAAGCUGUUCUUUUUUUUUUUUUUUUUAGUGAGUCAAUUGGGGUUAAGUGACUUGCCCAGGGUCACACAGCUAGUAAGCGUUAAGUGUCUGAGGCCGGAUUUGAACUCAGGUACUCCUGACUCCAGGGCCUGUGCUUUAUCCACUGCGCCAACUAGCUGCCCCAACCACAAGCUGUUCUAAGAUUAUUCUUGGGUAGAGCCAAGUCCUUGGAAUACCAAGUUAUUCAGCUUUUGUCUUCCCCUUAAUCUCAGAGCUUCUUGGAUAAGGUCAACUGAAAUAAUACCAUGGGAUCAAACACCUCGAUUUACUGACCCAACCCAAAGUGGAAGAAACUUACAACCAGACAAAAUCCCACUGGUUUAGAGGGAAAAUUCCUAAUGGAUGCCACUUGAUAGGAGGCAGAGUAAUCCCAUAAACGUGGAUUGCAUGGGAAGAUACAAUGCAUGGCAUUCAAUAGUUACUUAAGGAAUAUAUUUGUUGAAGUGGAAUUGGGAGACCUCGGUUCCAAUACUAGCUCUGCUAGUAUUGUGUAAGGCCCUUCCUUUGAUGUACCAUCUCUAAAAUGGGGACAGUGACACUUCCUUCCCCAAAAGCUCUACUGGGCACCGUUUACCCAUACUGAAAGAGAUUGGAAGAAGAACCACUUCUCCAUCACUGUCAGAGUCAGAGACCAAAGCCAUUUUCUUAGUCUCAUUCCAAUUCCUUUGCCCUCGAUGCCUCAGGUAAAGUUUCUCUUGAAGGUAAUCCUGAGGGGAGUCACUGGGAUCAGCUUGAUUUCUAUAGGAAAACAGAAAUGGUAAUUUGCCUAGCCCUUUCUUUUCUCCCCCACUAUCUACCUGAGAGUCCUUGAAUUGGUGGAAUUAUGUCUUUGUCCUUUGAUGGAGACACCCAUUUACCUAUUUAUGCCUUUGGUGGUCUAGGAGGUCGCUCUUCAGCAAUGGGGUCCAGUCCAGACCAGCCUAGCUGGGCCUAGCCCAGAGAAGCAGUGGAUCCAGUAACUGAGGUCAAACAAUACAGUGGGAAGGGCACUCAUUGGCACUGGAGUCUGAGGACCUAGGUUCACAUGCCAGCUCUUUUCCUUAACACUAAGUUUUACCUUAGGUAAUAGACUUCUCUCUGGGCCUCAACUUUCUCAUCUCCAAAAUGAAGAGGUCAGCUCCUUUGCUUCUGAGCUGUCUUCAGUAAAUAAACUUUUUUUUAAUUUAGAAUUUUUAUUUUUCCCAAAUUACAUGUAAAAAACAAAUUUUAACAGCGAUUUUAAAAAAACUUUGUGUUCCAAAUUCUCUUCCUCCCUUCCUCCCCACCCAUCCUUAAGAACUCAAGUUGCCUAAGUAGGUUAAUUUUUACAUGCCCUUUAUCUACUUUCUUGUGAUCUCCCCUUCCCCACCCAAAUAGGCAUUUUUGGUUGUUAGUCAUGUCUGACUCUCCAUGACCCCCAUUUGGGGUUUUCUUGGCAAGUACACUAAAGUGGUUUGCCAUGUCCUUCUCCAGCUUG